AUGAAAGCAAGACAUAAUUGUUCCGAUGCUUUCUUAACUGAGUUAUUGCAAUUUAUGAAGCCUAUUUUACCUGCUAGGAAUACAUUACCGGCAACAGCCAAUAAAGCCAAGUUUAUGAUUGAACCUUUUCGAUUGAAGUGUGAAAUUAUACAUGCUUGCCCGAAUGAUUGCGUUCUUUACCAGAAGGAUUAUGCUGACAUGGAUGAAUGUCCUAAUUGUAAAGCAAGUAGAUGGAAACCAGUUGAUAAGAAGAAACCACAUGCCAAAACAUGGGAAAGCAGCACAUACAUGCGGCAUCAUGUGGACUCUCCUUGUCGGAAGUUUAUAGAUAGCAAGUGGCCUGAGUUUUCUGCAGAGAAGAGAAAUCCGUUAGUCGACGAGUUGAAAGAAUUAUGGUCUGUUGGAAAGUUGACAUAUGAUGCUCAUACAAAGAGUAACUUUACGCUGAAAGCAAUCUUAAUGUGGUGUGUGCAUGACUUUCCGGCCUAUGGACAUGUUUCUGGUUGUAGAACAUCAGGAAGAUUUGGUUGUUCUGUGUGUGGUGAAAAGACGGAUGCAAUCUGGGUAAAGAAUGAACGUAAAUUCAUCUACAAGGGUCAUAGAAGAUUCUUACCAGCUGACCACCCCUUCAGAAAUGCAAAAGAAAAAUUUGAUGGAACCGAAGAACAUGGAGAUGCUCCAUGCCGUUUGACCGGAGCGCAAUUGCUGGCGAAGAUGAAUAGUGUGCGAACAGAAUUUGGGAAGUUCACAAGUAGGAAGGAAAAAACAUCAAAUUCUACUGGGAAAAGGUGUUUGACGGGUGUCCAACUGUUGAAUACUAUGAAUCGUGUACGCACUGAAUCUUGUCGGGAAACAUGUAAGAGGAAACAGACGGUUGAUACAAGGAUUCCGCCAAAUAUGAAGAAGCGAUCAUUUGAUACAAGCACUCCGUGGUCAAAAAGAUCAAUUUUAUUUGAUUUGCCUUACUGGGAGGAGAGAGGACCUGGCAAGUCUCUAGAAAUGCCGCCAGCACCUUAUCGUUUGUCUAUAGAAGAGAGAAAGCUAGUGUGCACGUCUCUUAGUAACCUGAAGGUUCCUAUUGGUUACUGCGGGAACUGGAAAGGCAAAGUGUCAUUGUUAUUUAAAGUUCUUUGUUCUAAGGUUCUUGAUAUUGCUGAGCUUCGUAUCAUGCACCAACGUCUCGUGGAGUCUAUAUGUGUUUUUGAAAUGUAUUUCCCGCCGCAUUUUUUUGUUUCAAUAAUACAUGUCGUCGUACAUUUGGCAGAAGAGGCAGAAACAUUGGGUCCUGUUACAACUCGAUGGAUGUAUCCUAUUGAAAGGAUGAUGAGAACAUUCAAAGUUUUUGGUCGCAACGAAAACUAUAUAGAGGGAUCUAUUACAGAAAAAUAUGUAUUAGAUGACGCAUUGAGACAUUGUAUGGAGUAUAUUAUGAAUGGUAGGGAGAAGUGUUACAAGAAAAAGGGAAGGAUAUCUACUGACGAUGACAUUCAGGAAGGUCCAUACGCACCAAAUAUGUCUAAAGGAAAAAGAUAUCAUAUACCUAAUUCACAGUACGAACAAGCACGCAGAUGGGUUUUGAUGCAUUCUGAAGAAAAUACUGAAUGGGAAAAGAAGUAUGACAUAUUACAUGUUAGAGGAAGAAGGAAAUCAAGGAAUCUUGAUGAAUACAUGAAAUGCCUAAGGCAACAAUUUCAGGGAAAAGACGUGACAUAUUUUAAGCGGCUCGUUGAUGGUCCAUCUAGAUAUGCAGAAUCACAUAAUGCAUAUGCAGCAAAUGGAUAUAUCUUUUAUACAGCUGAUGCAGAAAAAGGUAUGUCCACCCAAACGAGUGGAGUGUCCAUGAAUGCCACAACCACAUUCAGAGAAAGUGCCAGAGAUCAGAACACGAUGGAUGAUGAAGUUCUGUAUUUCAGAAUUGUUAAACAAAUUCUAGAACUGGAUUACACCACCUUCAAGCAAACUUUAUUUUAUUGUGAUUGGGUUCCUGUCGAAGACAAGGUGAAUGGAUGGUAUGUGGAUUCGGUUACAAAACAGAUUUAUAUAAACUUCGAACGGUUUAUGGGUAACAAAAAAGACACCGAUGAGCCAUUUAUCCAUUCUUCUCAAGCUACUUCAGUUUUUUAUUGCAAGGAUGAGAGUAGGCCUGAUAGGAAGUGGCACAUUGUUUUAGAAUCUCCAAAACGACGAAGUCCUUAUGUGAAUACUUUUGAGGAUCCUUUUGUCUUUACCGGCAUAGCUAAAGAAUCUUCCCUAACGGCAGUGAACUUGGAUGAUAACAGUAACUCGGAAGAAGAUGCAUUUAAAAAUUAG